AUGGGUAUACCCGUGGGUGACGAGUUUGGUGCCUGCUCUGUGCCCGUGGGUGUUCGCGAGUAUACUCACGGGCGGGUAAAAAACUGGUGGGUACAGCGCCGCGCCGCCGGAGGAGGAGGAGAAAGAGAGGAGGAGGAGGAGAGGAGGAAGAAGGAGGAAGAGAAGGAGGAGGAGGAAGAAGGAGGAAGGAGGAAGAAGAAGGAGGAGGAGGAGGAGGCGCCCCGGCCGCCGUUGCCACGUCCCCGACGCUUCCCCAACCGUCGCCUUGUCCACCGGCGCCCUGGCCCCUUCACCACCGCCGCCCUACGACGCCCACUAGAGAAGAGCCAGUCGGAGCGGCGCCGGAGUACCUCGGCGACCCCGAUCGCCUUCCUUGCCGCUGCGGGUCUGCCUGCACUGCGUCGCCUCGCCACUGCACCGACCCGCCAUGGCCCCGCUAGCCUGACUCCACCGCCACCCUAG